UGGAUAAUUCGGUGCUACGUUCUUCAACGAUGAUCAGAAAACAUUCAACUCCGGGUUAACUUAUGGUCAGCCCUAUUCUGCACGCGUACGCUUAGGGGUGGCACCAGCAUGCCGGUGAGCUGCUGGUAGCAUGUUUGCCAGAUAUUUCGACCACGAUGAAAGUGAGGAGGAUGAAGAGAGCGAUGAUGUGGAGUCUGAACUGUACAGCCAACUCCACUACUGUACCAGUGGAUCAGCGCGUUCGGAAACGGGAGAGGAAGAGGACAACCAUGCCUCUCACCCGGCAGACGCAGCAAGGGAUACUGCCAUCUCAAGAGACUUGUGUAUAGUGCCCACAUCCUUAGACAGACCACCUUGUCUCUUCAGGAACCGUUCAACCAGCUGUGGCCUCCAGACAGAGACAUACCUAAGCCUGGAGGUCCAUUCGGAUUUGGAGGACAAUGAAGUUGACCUGGAGGACUGGAUGCUGCUUGGUGGGAAGGAGAUGGAAGGGGACCGUAACAUUCAUCUAAACCUGGAGUUUGGGAGGAUAGACACUGGGUCAACUAAGGAACGGCAAAAAAAAAAGGCUGAUGAUGAUCUGUGGGCGAUAUCCGAUAGAGAUAGAAAGGCCAUGACGACUUCUUUUAAUUACUUGGCGCCUGGUAUCUUCCUCCCAAACUUCCUCUCUCGGACACGGACCGUCUGCGCCAACUGUCGGAAGACUGGCCACCCGGCUCGGAGCUGCCCUGCUGCCAAGAGACGUGAUUGCUGUAUACUGUGCGGUCAGCAAGGCCAUCGCCAGCCUCUCUGCCCCUGUCGUCACUGCCCUGUGUGUGGGCUUCCUGCUGACAUGCACCUGGCGGGGUCACAGAGGUCGGCGUCCACCCAUGCAAACAUGACCCACAAAGCCAACCGAUCUCUACCUCCAUGCGCCCUGCUGUCACGCUGCAGUCAACACUGCCCACGCUGUGGUCUCAUAGGACACUUAGAGGAGGUAUGCCCCGACAUCUGGAGGCAGUACCAUCUAACGACUCAGCCAGGUGUCCCUAGAAGACCAGGUAGAGACGUUAGACGGCGCCGGCCAGCAGCCUGCUACAACUGUGGCAGGAGAGGACACUAUGGCCAUGAGUGUUUUCAAAAGAGGAUGCCAGAUGCCCCUGUCUCUUGUCUUCCACAUGUUUGUCGUUACGACACAGAUGAAGAAGCUCUCACACGGCAGACUGCUACUCUCAGCCCAAUCAGAGGCCUGCUGCAGAUGAAGGCUCAGAAACGAACUUGGCCUGAGAAGCGGCGAGAACGGCGGGAGACGAAGCGACUGAAGAGAGAGCGAGCGAAGGAGUACACCUCAGGGAGAAGAGGAGGAGCGAAGGAGUACACCUCAGGGAGAAGAGGAGGGGCGAAGGGCCGGUUCUGCGUGUCACCCCACAGGUCCUCCAAAGGUGCUGGGCUUCCUCCCCCUCACUCUCCUGGGGUUCCUCCCCCUCGCUCCGCUGCAGAGAAGAGGGGGGGCCCCCGAUGGAUGGGUCGCCUCUCGGACAGACGGCGGAAGGCUGGCGGCAGCUGUGGCCGCAACCUUUACCCACCGGACUCCUCGUUAAGCAGGGGCAAAGCUAAACGCCGGCGCAGAUAGGAUGGACUGGGUGUAAUAAAUAAUAAAUAAAGUGCCAGCAGAGGGCGCUAUUGCUCCUUUUAAGAAGGACUUUGAGGUUUCCUUCCACUAUUCUGAUGCUGUGAGAGUACACUGAACCUGCCAGCCUGAGAUCAGUAGCCAUGUCAUCCUAAAGAUGCGAAACGGCCUAAGGAGGGCUGAUGGACAAGAAAUGCUGGGGAAAAUAAAUGCUUUUCCAACCAUUUUGA